AUGAGACAAUAUAUCUCUGUUCUACGUUCAUGGAGCGGCAUACCGUCUUUUCUUUCUGCUCUCAGCCCAUGGAGCGGCGCAGUGCCGGCUACAGAGCCCGAAUCAAAGCUAAACUAUCUCGGAUUCCGAGAAAUGGCCCCUGGAAUCGAUCCUGUUGUCGAUAUUGUCGCGAUCCAUGGCCUCCAAGGACACAGAGACAAGACGUGGACGUCGGAUAAUGGGGUUUGUUGGCUGCGUGAUCUCUUGCCUUCCGACUUUCCCAAUGCCCGAAUCCUAAGCUAUGGGUAUGAUGCCGACGUUCACAGUCGGGAAUGUGUAUCCACUCAGACAAUCGGUCGACAUGCUCAAGGAUUGAUCGAUGCACUCUCAAGGAAACGGGAAGACAGUCCUCGGCGCCCUAUUAUUUUCAUCGCACAUGAUAUAGGAGGCAUCAUUCUCAAACGAGCACUUGUUAUCUCCCACAACCAAAGCCUGGAAUCAAAAAGUCGCCUCCGGGAUGUUCUAGUAUCCACAUGUGCAGUUUUGUUUUUUGGGACUCCACACUUUGGCGUCGAAGGCACUACUUUCGCGGAAAUCAAUCCCAGGUCGUCGCUGCACAUGAAAACGACAGACGCUAUUCUCAAAGAUCUUCAAUUCCAUUCAACAGAGCUCGAGAACAUACAGAACGACUGGCUUGUAGCGAGCGAAAGGAUAAAAAGCAUAUUUUUCUCCGAAGAUUAUCCAGUAUCCGAUGAGCGAAAUGAAGGAGUGUUUAAUGUCCCGCAUCCUCUGGCUGUGAUUCCCGGCGACCGCAACGCGACAACAAUUAUUCUUCAUGCAAACCACCGCAACCUGGUUCGGUUCUCAUCCAGAGAGAACGACAAUUAUCAGACAGUCCACUUCUAUCUCAAAGGCUGUGUCAGUAAUGGGCCUGAGAGAAUACGCAAGAAUUGGGUAAGGGAGGAUAAUUGUCGCAAUGCGGCGCAGGGAGGACCCACGCUCGAAAUCCCUAACAACUUCGACAAAACUACCAUAUUACAACUUCCAUCGGUGGCAUUCGCUCCAUCCUCAGUCCACAAAGCCUGUCUACCAGGAACGCGCCGGGCUGUUCUUGAGACGAUCUCACAUUGGGCAGAGAACGACACACCAAAUAAGCCAAUCUUCUGGCUGUGCGAUAUUGCAGGUGCCGGAAAAUCUACUGUCGCAAUGUCCGCAAUGGAAUCGUGGCAGAAGCAGGGAGUCCUAGGUGGCCGAUUCUUCUUCUCUAUGUCGAGCAACGACGCAUCUACCACCGAGAAACUAUGCUCGACCAUAGCAAGGGACCUUGUUCAAUACAUCCCCGAGCUCGCACCGCACGUUUCUCGGGCCGUGACGCAAAAUCCCUCUAUCAUGCGAGGAUCCCUUGAUGAGCAGUUCCAAACACUUGUCACUGGUCCCCUCCAACACCGACAAGGGCGCGUUAUUCUAGUCAUUGACGCAGUAGACGAAUGCACGUCUGCAUCACAGCGCAAACAACUCCUCGAGACUCUGUCCACCGCCGUCCAAGGAUGCAAGAAUCUCAGAAUAUUCAUGACUAGUCGUCCAGACCCAGUCAUCGAAACCGUUUUGGGAUCGCUCUCGAUCAAAUCAAAGUUGGAGGACCGUCUUCACAGCGUCCGUCAUCGCGAUAAUAUCGAUGACGUCGCGAUCUAUGUGGGCCAAACACUAGAUGGAGUGCUAUCAAAGGACAAGAUACAGCGACUGGUUGAAAAAGCCAAUGGUUUAUUCAUCUGGGCAAGCACUGCCUGUCGAAUGCUCACAGAUGAAGCCACUCUUAACUCCCCCGACAGUCUAUAUGACCGCUUGAUCUCAUUGGAUCAACGUGGAGCUAUAGACAAGGUAUAUGACCUCAUCUUCGAGCGAAUAGAUGAGGAAUCCCAUCCAGUGUUGUGUCAAAUGCUCGCUUUGCUUCUCGUAGCGUUCGAGCCACUCACGUUCGACGACAUGGAGCACCUGGUAAAGCAUACAAGAGUCCCUGGAACUGUCAAGGGCUUGCUCAAGAACUUAGGAAGCGUACUCAGUACAGAGCCAGGUACAAAUUUGAUCCAUUUUCGCCAUCUUACCCUCGUCGAGUAUCUUCAACGGUGCUCCAAUUUCCCAGCCGGCGGAAGCCAUAAGAGAAUAUCUCUUGACGUCAUCAAUGCGCAUGGUCAAGCUGCUUCGUGGUGUCUUCAACACCUCAAGUCGCGGACCGAUGGACUCAAGUUCAACAUAUGUCAACUCGAGUCAUCUUUCUACCUCAAUAAGCAGAUCCCAGAUCUUGAUAUCAGAAUAUCCAAAUUCAUUCCAAGAAGACUUCAAUAUGCCAGCUCGCAUUGGUUGUUCCAUGUGUUAGGAAUGGACGACAAGAAGCCGUGCCCGCUGGAGGACGAUGUUGGGUACAUCCUUCGAAGCCCACAAGUGCUAUAUUGGAUGGAGGUUCUCAGCUUCACGAGAAGCGUGCCACGAGCAAUUGACGGUCUGCGCGCGCUCUCAGAUAACAUGGCACUCGGAGAAGAGAUAAGAUGGCGCAUCAAUGAUACCCUAAGGUGUUUGAUAGCGUUUUUGGUGCCAAUUCAGGACAGCGCUCCACAUAUUUACAUCUCAGCGCUUCCGUUUAUGCCCAAAAAGUCUAUUCUACGGAUUGAAGGUCUAGGCAAGAAUAGUGAGACUUUGAGGGUGACUCAAGGCCUUGAGGAGGCGUAUCCUGGGUUCCCUGACAGUUUACGAGGUCACAGCGACUCGGUUUGGGCCGUCGCAUUCUCGCCAGACGGCUCACGAAUCGUCUCUGGCUCGAGCGACCAGACAAUUCGACUUUGGGACGCAAAGACUGGUGAGCCGGUAGGAGAGCCACUCCGAGGCCACAGCGACUCGGUUUUGGCCGUCGCAUUCUCGCCAGACGGCUCACGAAUCGUCUCUGGCUCUCACGACGACACAAUUCGACUUUGGGACGCAAAGACUGGUGAGCCGGUAGGAGAGCCACUCCGAGGCCACAGCAACUCGGUUUUGGCCGUCGCAUUCUCGCCAGACGGCUCACGAAUCGUCUCUGGCUCUCACGACGACACAAUUCGACUUUGGGACGCAAAGACUGGUGAGCCGGUAGGAGAGCCACUCCGAGGCCACAGCAACUCGGUUUUGGCCGUCGCAUUCUCGCCAGACGGCUCACGAAUCGUCUCUGGCUCUCACGACGACACAAUUCGACUUUGGGACGCAAAGACUGGUGAGCCGGUAGGAGAGCCACUCCGAGGCCACAGCGACUCGGUUUGGGCCGUCGCAUUCUCGCCAGACGGCUCACGAAUCGUCUCUGGCUCGAGGGACCACACAAUUCGACUUUGGGACGCAAAGACUGGUGAGCCGGUAGGAGAGCCACUCCGAGGCCACAGCAACUCGGUUUGGGCCGUCGCAUUCUCGCCAGACGGCUCACGAAUCGUCUCUGGCUCGAGCGACCAGACAAUUCGACUUUGGGACGCAAAGACUGGUGAGCCGGUAGGAGAGCCACUCCGAGGCCACAGCAACUCGGUUUUGGCCGUCGCAUUCUCGCCAGACGGCUCACGAAUCGUCUCUGGCUCUCACGACGACACAAUUCGACUUUGGGACGCAAAGACUGGUGAGCCGGUAGGAGAGCCACUCCGAGGCCACAGCAACUCGGUUUUGGCCGUCGCAUUCUCGCCAGACGGCUCACGAAUCGUCUCUGGCUCGAGCGACCAGACAAUUCGACUUUGGGACGCAAAGACUGGUGAGCCGGUAGGAGAGCCACUCCGAGGCCACAGCGACUCGGUUUUGGCCGUCGCAUUCUCGCCAGACGGCUCACGAAUCGUCUCUGGCUCUUUGGACCAGACAAUUCGACUUUGGGACGCAAAGACUGGUGAGCCGGUAGGAGAGCCACUCCGAGGCCACAGCGACUCGGUUUGGGCCGUCGCAUUCUCGCCAGACGGCUCACGAAUCGUCUCUGGCUCGAGCGACCAGACAAUUCGACUUUGGGACGCAAAGACUGGUGAGCCGGUAGGAGAGCCACUCCGAGGCCACAGCAAGUCGGUUUUGGCCGUCGCAUUCUCGCCAGACGGCUCACGAAUCGUCUCUGGCUCGAGCGACGACACAAUUCGACUUUGGGACGCAAAGACUGGUGAGCCGGUAGGAGAGCCACUCCGAGGCCACAGCAACUCGGUUUGGGCCGUCGCAUUCUCGCCAGACGGCUCACGAAUCGUCUCUGGCUCGAGCGACCAGACAAUUCGACUUUGGGACGCAAAGACUGGUGAGCCGGUAGGAGAGCCACUCCGAGGCCACAGCGACCCGGUUUUGGCCGUCGCAUUCUCGCCAGACGGCUCACGAAUCGUCUCUGGCUCUCACGACGACACAAUUCGACUUUGGGACGCAAAGACUGGUGAGCCGGUAGGAGAGCCACUCCGAGGCCACAGCGACUCGGUUUUGGCCGUCGCAUUCUCGCCAGACGGCUCACGAAUCACAAUUCGACUUUGGGACGCAAAGACUGGUGAGCCAGUAGGAGAGCCACUCCGAGGCCACAGCCGCUCCGUCACCGCCGUCACAAUCUCUCAAGGCGGCUCACAAUUAGUCUCUGGUUCUGAAGGCAACACCGUUCGCCUUUGGGAUACGGAUAUUGUUGUACCGUCAAAGCAUUUAUUCCAACCUCGUGUCGAUCAGGACAACGCUACCGCGUCCUCGCCGGAGAAUUUAGGAAUCAUAUCUGGCUCAACGAGUGACAUGGGUGCACUCUUUCCAGAAGCAUUUGGUCUGUAUCUAGAUGAGGAGGACAGCCGCUCCCAAGAAACAGAGGGACCCCCAACGUGCGGAUAUCCCCCAGGAAAUGGAUGGUAUUCCUUUAAACACUCCUAUUCCCGGCUUCAAACAGUGCUCACUUAUGCAAGAUGGCUGGGUGCAUUCAUCUGGUAG